AUGGUGUCCUCCGAUCUACACUUCCUUAGUGAUUUCUCGGAAUGGAAAACUGAUGAUAUAUUUGCAUCCUUACAUAACGUUUCGAAGCUCAUGGAGAUACAUAUUGUCCGUCAUUUUGUAUCUCUAUACGGCACAAACUACCCGGUUGUCUUCAACACAGUGCAACCAGGUUGGCGCCAAUCGAAUCUUUCAACCGAGAUUGCCACUCUCUUUCAGAAGAAACUAGAGAGCUUCAUGGAAAGAACAACUGAAGAAGGUGCGAGAAGUUUAGUAUUUGCAACUUCAUUUGGCAAAAAAUCUCUUGGAAAAUACGUUGAAAAUGGGGGACUUUUAUCGCGCCUGGCGAGAAACUGUGGACUCAGUUAUCCAGCAGGUUGGAGAGGAUUCGCCCAAACGUUAUGGAGGGAUUCCAGGGCAUUUUGGAUUUUCUCUCGAGGUCUCUGUGCUACAUUUAUGAUUUCCUAA